AUGAGUGACACAAACUACUGGGUUGUGGACUAUGGUCUCUCCUCCCCUGCUGCACCUGGGUUCCCCCGAAGCCCAACUGUGCAGCCCAUGUCGGGGCACCCCGAGCAGGGAACGGCCCUGUGUUUCGUUGGCCUCCUCGUGCUGCUGCUGCUCUUUCUCGUCGUUCGCUGCGUCCGUAUCUUAUUAGACCCCUACAGCAGCAUCCCGGCCUCAUCGUGGACGGAUCAUAAGGAGGGGCUGGACAGAGGACAAUUUGAUUAUGCACUGGUGUGA